AUGCGUAACGGACAGAUGCAGUUUCUUGGUUACAUGCUGGACACUCUGACAAGUACAGAGUCUGAGGCCAAAGUGCAAAUGAGCGGAAGUGCAAGCAAAGGACAGACGUCCAUUUUGACCAUCGAGGAGCCGAGCAGUGCUGUGUACUACUGUGCUGCUUCUCUCACAUCUCCUCCAUCAGUCUUGGUGGAAGUUGGUGCUGAGGUCUCUCUGACCUGCUCCCACAAUCGCUCAGACUUCAGGGUGAUGUUGUGGUUCCGCUCCAGGCCCAACGACACCGCACUGGAUCUCAUCGGGUACGGAUACAACAAGUUCAAUAACGACAGCGUGGAACAGCCAUUCAAGGAAAACUUCAAACUGAAAGGAGAUCUCAAGGCGAAUGUGAAAAAUGGCUUCCUGAUUAUCACAAACGCACAGACAGAAGACCACACUGCCACAUAUUACUGCGCAGCGAGAGAAGCACAGCGUUCUAAGAUCCCACUGUGA